CUCCUAGAGCGGAACAGGGCGCUGCUCGACUCGUGCCGGAAGUUGGACGACGAGAAUCAGGCGCUGUCGGACCGCGUGAGGGGUGCGGAGGCCGCGGCAUCGCCGCCUGCGCGGGCGCCGCCCCAGGCGGCGCCGCCGCCCGAGGCGCCCCCGGCGCCGGCGGUGGACGUGGACUUCUCCGUGUUCCAGAAGAUGGAGAUGGGCAAGGAGCAGAAGAUCCGCGGCCUCAUCCAGGACAACGAGCGACUGGCCGCCCGGCUCCGGCAGCUGGACGGGGCGAACCACAGGCUGAGCGAGGAGCUGGAGCAGGCGCGCAAGGAGCUGAAGAAGCUCGCCACGGUCUGCGUCGAGUCCGUGAAUUGCCUCGUGGCCCGCUCCCUGACUGGUGAUGGGCGGCUGGUAGGCGCGGCCGGCGCGGGCACGCGGUGGAGGGGCCGCCGGGAGCAAUGGGCUGCCGUUCCGCAGACGCCCCGAGUGUCGCCGCCAGCGGACUUGCCGCCGUGGGCCUACGUCAAACUGGAGGAUUAUGCGCGAUUUGACGCGGCGGCAGACCAGGCCAUGAUCGGCGCGGCAGGUGUUUAG